UUAAAUAUCUUAACUUGGGUAUUAUGAAGUCAUUUCUCAAUAUGACAAUUACAGUUUUUCUUAAUAUUAUGCUGACUUAACAUUAAAAGCAAAGGACUUCAAACAAGCCUUUUAACCUUAAUGACAUGAGUGAACAGUUUUUGUCUAAUUGCAGUUUUCUAAGAUGAGCGCUUUAAAUAACACAGAUUAAAACAAAACAUAUUGUUCAGUGAAAAACUGUUUUACCAGUGCUGGGUUUUUUUGCUGUUUAUUUCAGAGUGGAAAAAUAUCGGCCAAUGUAUUCAGCUGCAGUUUCAAUGAAUGGGUUGCAGCAAGAUAUGAAGUGGAGAAGAUGUGCCAGGAGGAGUUUUUCACUUGUCCAGCAUGCACUCCAGACAUGCUAGCUGUGUCUGUUGAUGGAAAUCGCAAACACUAUCGUUUUAAAAAUAUAGCGACCACAGAGAAAAGGGGACUAUUUGACCAACUUUUUAUACAGAGUGAUGUGGAGGUGUCUGGCUUUGUGGACUUUAUUCACAAAAACAAUAAUCACGUUUCAGGGAGAGGACUGUGUGGAGCAUCACACUGGACAGCUGCAAAAGAAUCAUCCAAAAAAUCAAGCAGUAAACUGGAUGAGGAGGGAUUAGAAAUCGCUGUAUGUCGCCAUGGAAUUCUCCUCAUGGCCUUAAAUAUGUUUCGAGGGGAAAUGUUUGCAUACCCACUUUUUCUUCAGAAAAAACUUGCAGAAAGGUCACAAGGAAAAAUCAAAUUCUUUUGCUCGGAUGUCGCUUGCAAGUACUUCCCAUAUCUACAAAGAGUAUCUAAAAACUGCCCCGAGCUUCAGUCUUUUCUGUCUGUAAUGCAUGCUAAAGCGCACUCUUGGAAAUGUGAGGUCAAGUAUGGUGGUGCCUAUCAGGAAGGAGCUGGGUCAACUAUUGGUGAAGAAGUGGAACAGGUGAACAGUUUUCUAUCUAGGAUUGCUAUUACUACCAAGUACAUGUCGAAAUCAGGUCGUGCAGACAUGAUUACAAUGCAGGCCAUGUCCUGGAAUAAGCGUAAGCGUCUCAAUUUGGGACAGGCUUUAGUUCAUAGAUAUUUAAAGACUCAAAAAGCUUUGCAAGAGCAACAGUGCAUCCUGGGUGCACUAAAGACAGAGCUGGAACUGCAUGAUGAUUGUGUAGUUCAUCAGUGGGUUUCAGACGUAUAGCAGUGGGCAGACGUUUCUUGUGUAGAAAAUGACAGAUAUGGAAGUGGUGAUCUGAAAAGAUUACAAGAGGAAAUAGAGAGGCUGACAGUGAGCAUCAAAAGGCGAACACAGCGUCUGUACAGUCAAACAGACAGCAACAAGCGUCGCCACUCUUUGCGUCAUCGAAGGAAUGAGGAAGAGAAGAAGAAGCUGGCUGCUGCAGUGGAAGAAUACAACAGCAUUGCCGAUUCUUCACAGCAGCUUGGUUCAGUUGAAGACUUCUUUGUAGCUGAGACUGUUGCUUGGCCAUGGCAAAUUCCCGGAAAUACUGCUGUUAUUUCUACCCUCUCUGACGCUGCACGCAAGGGGCUCCUGUGCAUUGUUCGAAAGAAACGACAUGAUCUGAAACAUUUAAUGCAGCUUGUAAGGGCAGGCUAUAUGAACAUUUUCAGCCCAGAAGACAUGAUGUCUGAAGAAUCUGAGCUUGAACAGGAAGAGGAAGUACAAAAGGAGCUCUCAGAAAGCAACAGCAGCUCAGAUGAUGACUAAAAUUUACAGUAAAUAAGUUGAAUAUAUUAAGGCACAUUUAACUUCUGUAAAUGGAAAACCAAAAAUUCAUGAUGUAUGAUGCUAGGUGUUGACUUUACACAAUUAUGCACUUCAUAAACAGAUUUUUUUCAGCACAAGUGACAUUCUAUAUGUAACCAUGUAAUGAGUUUGUAGCGUUUUUCAAAAAAUGUUGUUUUCUCUAUGCUGCUUUGUGUAUCCCCUGCAUAUAAUACUAUAUGCACAUUUUUACACAUUAACAUGAUGAUAAAGCACACUUGUUCAUCAUUUGGUCCUCGAUUUAUGCUGUUUUAAAGUCAGUAAAG